AUGUCGGUCGCACCAUCUGGAGCUCUUCAAGCGUCUGCUCUGUCAUUUGUUUUGUUGUCCAUCGGACACACGAUUGGGGGCAGACAAUGGACUGCUGAGAAGGCCUUUAAGGCUAUUGCCAACUCCAAGCCCUGGGCCUGUGGGACGGUGGGUUGGUAUCAGGGGAGUGCGUUCUUCCUUGCUACUGGCCUCCUUCACUACCAGUGGUCUCGUGAUCCGACGGCGCUCAGCGACCCUUUGAACAAAGCUAUAGCUGGUAUCGUCAACAUCUUGCUCUGGGCUAGUUCAGCCUGGUACGCCAAGAACGGAAUCAAGGAUAAUGCCAUUGUUGUGGGGUUGUCUGCUGCAUUGCAGACAUACGCGGUUUUCAAGGUGUAA